GCGGGGUUUAAUUCUACAUUCUGAACACGUUGGAGGAGUCAGGAAGUUUAGUAAUAAUACCUACAUUUUUGGGAACUUUUGACACUACGGGCGUUUAUUUUGGUAUUAAAAUAAAAAAUGGCGUCUCUAAAUGGGAAACCGGACGUAAUAUUUGAGGAAGAUGACCUGCCUUACGAGGAGGAGAUCAUCAGGAAUCCGUACUCGGUCAAGUGCUGGAUGCGUUACAUCGAGUUCAAACAAAACGGCACAAUGUCCAUCCUCAACAUGAUAUAUGAACGAGCUCUGAAAGAGCUACCUGGCAGUUACAAGUUAUGGUACAACUACCUGAGAGAGAGACGGAAACAGGUCAAAGGGAAGUGCAUCAUGGAGCCAGCCUACGAGGAGAUCAACAACUGCCAUGAAAGAGCACUGGUUUUCAUGCACAAGAUGCCGAGGAUAUGGCUGGACUACUGCCAGUUCCUGGUGUCUCAGUGUAAGAUCACCAGGAGCAGACGCACAUUUGACCGAGCGCUCCGAGCCCUUCCCGUCACUCAGCACCCUCGCAUCUGGCCCCUGUACCUCCGCUUUGCCCGGAACCUGCCCCUGCCUGAGACCGCCAUCCGUGUCUACCGCAGGUACCUCAAGCUGUCCCCAGAGAAUGCGGAGGAGUACAUAGAUUACCUGCGUUCCUGUGGCAAGCUGGAUGAAGCAGCAGUACGUCUGGCAGCCGUUGUCAACGAUGAGAGCUUUGUGUCCAAGGAGGGAAAGUCUAACUACCAGCUAUGGCACGAGCUGUGUGACCUGAUCUCUCAGAACCCAGACAAGGUGAACUCUCUGAAUGUUGGGGCCAUCAUCCGUGGAGGCCUCACUCGCUUCACAGACCAGCUGGGCAAACUCUGGUGCUCCCUGGCUGACUACUACAUCCGCAGUGGACAUUUUGAAAAGGCUCGUGAUGUGUAUGAGGAGGCCAUCUUGACGGUGGUGACGGUAAGAGAUUUCACCCAGGUGUUCGACAGCUACGCCCAGUUUGAGGAGAGCAUGAUCGCUGCCAAGAUGGAGACUACCUCAGAGUUGGGGAAAGAUGAAGAAGAGGACAUAGACCUGGAACUGCGUUUGGCCCGCUUUGAGCAGCUGAUCGCCCGCAGGCCCCUCCUGCUGAACAGUGUGCUGCUGAGACAGAAUCCCCACAACGUCCACGAGUGGCAUAAGAGGGUCAAACUGUACGAGGGGAAACCACGACAGAUCAUCAACACCUACACAGAGGCAGUUCAGACAGUGGACCCUAUGAAGGCUACUGGGAAACCCAGCUCUCUCUGGGUCUCCUUCGCCAAGUUCUACGAGGAGAACGAGCAGCUCGACGAUGCGCGGACCAUCUUUGAGAAAGCCACCAAGGUGAACUAUAAGCAGGUUGACGACCUGGCUGGCGUGUGGUGUGAAUACGGAGAGAUGGAGCUACGCCAUGAGAACUACGAACAGGCGCUACGUAUACUGAGGAAAGCAACUGCCAUCCCGUCCAAGAAGGCAGAGUACUUUGACGUGUCAGAGCCCGUGCAGAACAGAGUGUACAAGUCUCUGAAGGUCUGGUCCAUGCUGGCUGACCUGGAGGAGAGUAUGGGAACAUUCCAGUCCACCAAGGCGGUGUACGACCGCAUCAUUGACCUGCGCAUAGCCACGCCCCAGAUAAUCAUCAACUACGCCAUGUUCCUGGAGGAGCACAACUACUUUGAGGAGAGCUUCAAGGCAUACGAGCGUGGCAUCGCCCUCUUCAGGUGGCCCAACGUCUAUGACAUCUGGAACACCUACCUCACCAAGUUCAUCGACCGCUACGGGGGCAAGAAGCUGGAGAGGGCCCGGGACCUGUUUGAGCAGGCGCUGGAUGGCUGUCCAGCCAAGUUCGCCAAGACCAUCUACCUGCUGUACGCCAAACUGGAGGAGGAGUUUGGGUUGGCGCGUCACGCCAUGGCGGUGUACGAGAGAGCUACGCAGGCGGUGGACAACACGGAGAGGCAUCACAUGUUCAACAUAUACAUCAAGAGGGCUGCAGAGAUCUACGGUGUCACCUACACCAGAGCGAUCUACCAGAAAGCCAUCGAGGUGCUUCCAGACGAACACUCCAGGGACAUGUGCCUGCGCUUCGCUGACAUGGAGAGCAAACUGGGCGAGAUCGACCGGGGCAGAGCCAUAUACUCCUACUGCUCUCAGAUCUGUGACCCAAGGAUGACGGCCACGUUCUGGCAGACGUGGAAGGAGUUUGAGAUCCGCCACGGGAACGAAGACACUAUCCGGGAGAUGCUGAGGAUCAAGCGCAGCGUCCAGGCCACGUACAACACACAGGUCAACUUCAUGUCCUCACAGAUGAUGAAGGCCACCACCAACGCCACCAUCUCAGACCUUGCCCCGGGUCAGCUGGGGCUGGAUGAUAUGAAGCUGUUGGAGCAGCAGGCCCAACAGCUGGCCGCCGAGGCUGAACAGGACAAACCUAAACUCAAAGAGAAGAUCCUCUUCGUCAGAAGUGACACAUCUCGCAGUGAGCUGGCUGAACUGGCCAAACAAGCCAACCCCGAUGAGAUUGAUAUUGAUGAUGAGGAUGAGGAUGGUGAUGAUGAAGACCAGGGCCCAGAGGAGGUGCAGCUGGAACAGAAAAGUGUCCCCACUGCUGUCUUUGGAGGGCUGAAAGAAGGAGAAGAUUGAAUACAGAAUGUUGGGAUGGUAUCUGUCCCACUGACAUGACAUCACAGACGAGCUCCAUGGUCUACGAAUGGAGCCUUUUCAACCCCUGUAAAAUGUAUGAUGAAAAUAGAUUGUAUGGAAUGUGAACUUCUUCGUUGAACUUUUCUACAGUGGCAAGAAAAAGUAUGUGAACCCUUUGGAAAUACCUGGGUUUCUGCAUAAAUUGGUCAUGAAAUUUGAUCAUCUAGGUCACAACAACAUACAAACACAGUCUGCUUAAACUAAUAACACACAAACAAUUAUAUGUUUUCAUGUCUAUUGAACACACCAUAUAAGCAUUCACAGUGCAGGUGGGAAAAGUAUGUGAACCCUUGGAUAUAAUAACUGGAUGCAGCAAUAACCUCAACCAAACGUUUUCUGUAGUUGCGGAUCAGACCUGCACCAUGAUCAGGAGGAGUUUUGGACCAUUCCUCUU